GACCUAGAGCUCACCUGUGGAGCUUCACCUGCAGAGGAUGCUGAAGGAGUGGGGAGGGCCCCUUUAAGGCUUUCGCUCUCCUUCCCAAUUUGGUGCUGCGCCCUCCUUCCUCCUCCUCCUCCUCCUCCUCCUCUUCUUCCUUGGGGGAUGAGGAUGGGGAGGGCCCACCUCCUCUGGGGCUGCUUUCCUCCUAGUCCUCCUCUUCCUGCUGCUGCUGCUGCUGCUUCUCCUGGGUCCCUUUCCUCCUCCUCCUCCUCCUCUUUCUCCGGCCAUGGACCUGCUGGGCCCCCUGGACGUGGGCGACUUGGCUGCUGCCUUUGCCCGGCUCCCGCUUUUCCCGCUCUUCGACCUGGGCUACUUUGUGGUCUCCCUCCUCUACCUGCGCUAUGAGAAAGGUGCGCUGGAGCUCUCCCGCAGCAGCCCCGUGGCCUCCUGGGCUUGCGCCAUGCUCUACUGCUUUGGCAGCUACAUCCUGGCCGACCUGCUCCUGGGGGGAGCCCCCCUUGACUGCUUCAGCAACAACGGCAGCAUCCUCCUGGCCACCGCUGUCUGGUACCUGACCUUCUUCUGCCCACUGAACCUCUUCUACAAAUGCGUCAGCUUCCUGCCCAUCAAGCUGGUCUUCGUGGCCAUGAAGGAGGUGGUGCGGGUGCGCAAGAUUGCCGCCGGCGUCCACCAUGCCCACCACGCCUACCACCACGGAUGGGUCGUCAUGGUCAUAAUCGGCUUUGUCAAAGGGUCCGGUGUGGCCUUAAUGUCCAACUUUGAGCAGCUGCUGCGCGGCGUUUGGAAGCCGGAGACCAAUGAGCUCCUCCAUAUGACGUUCCCUUCCAAAGCCAGCCUCUACGGCGCCCUGCUCUUUACCCUCCAACAGACCCACUGGUUGCCCGUCUCCAAGCCCACCCUCCUCUUCUCCUUCACCCUCUUCAUGAUGGUCUGCAAGGUCUUCAUGACGGCCACGCACUCGCAUGGCUCCCCAUUUGCCCUGGUGGAAGGCGCCCUCUGCUCCGUCCUCUUUGGCUCGGCGGCCCCCGCCCACGAAGACCCCCACCAGCACCACCAUGAGCCCAGUCAACAUGCCCAGCACGAGCCACCAGCCAAGUCCCGGGAGGAGCUGAACGAGGGCACCCGCAAGCGCAAGGCCAAGAAGGCCGAAUGAGGAAGACCCUUUGCCCAGGAAGACCCCCCUCCAAAAAAAGCAAAAAACACCCAUCCCCGGAUGGGGCUAUGACUCCUCACAUUGUAUGGAAAUGAGAUGCCCAAAGAGCCCUCAUUAUUAUUAUUAUUAUUAUUAUUAUUAUUAUUAUUAUUAUUAUUAUUAUUAUUAUUAUUGGAUGCCCUUGAAAUGAGAUACUCAAAGAGCCUCCCUUAUUAAUAUUUAAAAUAAUAAUAAUAAUAAUAAUAAUAAUAAUAAUAAUAAUAUCAUCUCUCCUGGAACAGAGAAGUAGAGAUUUCUGCUUCUAGGGAGGUUUUGAAGCAGAGUGAUGGCCAUCUGUCGGGAGGGAUUGGAUGGUGUUUUCCCUUGAGGCCUCCCCUGACUUCUAUGAUACAUCUAUCACCUCUCUCUCUGGAAUCCUAUUGAUCAUAUCUAUGGCCAUCUGUUGGGAGGGCUCGGAUGGGUUCUCCUUGCCUGGCUGGUUAACCCUGAGGGUGCCCCCCGACUCUGAGGGUGGUCCCCGAAACUGAGAGUGGCCCCUGGCCAUCUGUCAGGGGUGCUUUGAAUGCAAUUUUCCUGCUUCUUGGCAGAAAGGGGUUGGACUGGAUGGCCCACGAGGUCUCUUCCAACUCAAUAAUUCAAGGGUUUCUGAGCAUGCCCAGAGUGCCCAGAUGCUCUGAGACCCAACAAUAGCCACUGGAGGGAGGGGGCUUCCAACUACUGACCGCCUAUUUAUUUAUAUUUAUAGCCCCCUCCCCACUUCUGCCUCGCUCCAACCCUGAUCCUCAGGCAAAACUCUGAUUCCCAAAAUAAUAAAGGCAUCUGGGGAAACUUUC